AUGGGCCGAAGCGGCUACGACACGACGGGUCUGGGGGGCUUCGUGCGGCGCAACCCGCGCCCCGCCGGCGGCAGUAAGGCCGGGGAAGGGGGCCAGAAGGGCGGGACGAACGCCGUGGCCGGACAGGAGCGGACGGCGCAGACGCAGCAGUCUCACACGGCGGCGGCGGCGGGAUCGGCCUCCGCUUCGGCCAAGAACCGGGGUGGAGGUGCGGCACCGCCGAAGAAGUGA